UCCACACUGCCAUGGAGCCCUGCAGAGCUAGAAGUUUUAUCGAACGCUCAAUCCUACGUGGCAAAAUAUAAUUGGACUUCCUUCUACCGUGAAUGAGUAUAGCUGUUACUUGAUCAUUCCGUCGUCUGUUCAUUACCCAACCUUUUUGAACUGCUAGUUACUAUAUUAGGAUUUUGCAUCUGUCGUUGUCUAUCUGUCUGUCUGUCUCUCGAAAAGCUUUGCCGGCGGCGACCGGGGAUCGGAGACUCGCCGGGGAAUAGAAGAUCAUUUGGACAAGGAAACUUGAGGAAGAAGAUGAAGGUUUUCGUGAAGACUUUGAAGGGUUCUAACUUCGAGAUCGAAGUAAAACCUGAAGACACGGUUGCUGAUGUCAAGAAAAACAUAGAGAUAGUACAGGGUGUGGAUAUUUACCCUGCUGUGCAACAGAUGCUGAUUCAUCAGGGGAAAGUCCUCAAAGAUGACACAACGCUGGAAGAAAAUAAAGUUGCUGAAAAUAGUUUUAUUGUCAUCAUGUUAAGUAAGAGCAAGGUUUCAUCAGGAGGACCGUCAACUGCUUCAGCUGCACCUCCAAGUCAAGCCCGGCCUGCAACUUCUUUGCCUUCUAGUGCAACACAACCUUCAACAACUACUCAAGCUCCUGCUCCAACUUCUGAACCACCACAAUCUGCCAUUGAAUCUGCUCCUACAGUAGUUAGUCCUGUUUCUUCAGAAUCAGACAUAUAUGGACAAGCAGCAUCAAAUCUUGUUGCGGGAAGUAAUUUGGAGGCUACCAUUCAACAGAUACUUGACAUGGGUGGAGGCAGUUGGGACCAUGAAACUGUUGUGCGUGCUCUACGUGCAGCAUAUAACAACCCUGAGAGGGCUGUUGAAUAUCUUUACUCUGGCAUUCCGGAGCAAGCUGAAGUUCAACCAGUUGCCCGAGUUCCUGCUAGUGGGCAGGCUACAAAUCCACCAGCGCAGGGUGAACAACCUGCAGUACCUACCAGUGCCGGGCCAAAUGCUAAUCCUCUAGAUUUAUUUCCACAGGGCCUUCCCAGUAUGGGUUCCAAUGCUAGUGCAGGCACCUUAGAUUUUUUGCGCAACAGUCAACAGUUCCAAGCAUUGAGGGCUAUGGUGCAAGCAAAUCCCCAAAUACUCCAGCCUAUGCUUCAGGAGCUUGGGAAGCAAAAUCCACAUCUUAUGCGACUCAUUCAAGAGCAUCAGGCCGACUUCUUGCGCUUGAUAAAUGAACCUAUGGAAGGAGAAGGGAACCCACUUAACCAGUUGGCCUCGGCAAUGCCACAGGCUGUGACCGUCACCCCUGAGGAGCGGGAGGCAAUUGAGCGUCUUGAAGCAAUGGGAUUUGAUCGAGCCCUUGUGUUGGAAGUAUUCUUUGCAUGCAACAAGAAUGAAGAACUGGCAGCCAACUAUCUAUUAGAUCACAUCCAUGAGUUUGAGGAAUGAGCGUAAGUGUCCCGUUUUAGUUUCCAUGUUGGGUGAACUUGAUUUUCUCGUUCUGUACCUUAACUAUUUCUCUGUGGGCUCUUUUUAUCCUUGGAAAAAACAUAGCACAUUUUUCUUAUGUUUAAUUAUUGAUUAUCAACAGUGUUAUUUAUACAAAAUAGCGUUGGAAUAGCUAAAAGGCUUCUCUUUCCUCA